CAUUUCAGUAUCGAUCCGCACAUCGCAAGUUGGCUGUAUCCUAGCACACGACGGGGCUGUUCGACGUCUUAGCACCGUAACUCACACUCCCAAAGAUGGCUGACACAAACAACCAACCGGGGCCUCUGCAAUUUUUAAUGAGCAAUAAGCUGGAAACUGCUAUGUGGCUUUCACGGCUCUUCACCGUCUACUGCUCUGUAAUGUUUAUUCUACCAAUCUUGGGACCCUAUGCAGCAGCUAACUUCUAUCAGAGAGCCUUGUUAGCAAACGCCCUCACCAGUGCCCUUCGCUUACACCAGAGGCUUCCACGCUUCCAGCUGAGCAGAACCUUCCUGGCUCAGGCUCUGCAAGAGGACAGCUGCCAUUACCUCCUUUACUCACUCAUCCUGGUCAACUCCUACCCCAUCACAAUGAGCAUCUUCCCAGUUUUCCUCUUCUCACUGCUUCACGCAACUACCUACACAAAGAAAGUUCUUGACUCCAUGGGCCCCAGCAGCCUGAUGUUUAUCAGGAACCUCCUGGACAAACUAACGGCCAAUCAGCAGAACAUCCUCAAGUUUAUCGCCUGUAACGAGAUCUUCCUGAUGCCCGCCACAGUUUUCAUGCUGUUCAGUGGCCAAGGAAGCUUGUUGCUGCCUUUCAUCUACUACCGGUUCCUGACUCUCCGCUACACAUCCAGAAGAAACCCAUACUGCCGCACCUUGUUCACAGAGCUGCGAAUUCUCCUGGAGCACUUCAUCAUGAAGCCCGCCUGUCCUGCCUUCUUCAGGAGGAUGUGCCUCAGCAGUAUCGCCUUCAUCAGCCGCCUCGCGCCGACAGGGGUCUGAUCACACUACGUAGAAAAGCUCUGUUCUCCUCACGUUUUGUUUCUUUUUCUUUUUUUUUUUUAACCAUGUAAGAUGUGACUUAAACUUUGAUGGGACAGACAUUGCCAUCAACGGAAGGAACAGUUUUUUGAAUGUCAACUUUAUGGCCUGUGCUCCAGCUCCUCUGCAUAUUUGAGUACAGUUGAAGACCAGCCAGUCAUGCACUGAAGUCUCAUGGUGAUUUUUUUUCUUAAUGUGACCACGUUCAAGCGGUGGAUGCCCCUCACUGUGUCACAUUCACUGAACAAAACGCAGUCGACAUCAGCUAUGUUCCUUGUGUAUCGGCUGUCGUAGUUUUUUUCCCCCUCUGUCAUUAUUUAUUCUUGAAAUUUGCUUAUUCUAUAAUGAAACAUUAACAUUCUAAGAAGAGUAACUUAAUGAAAACAUGCUUAUUCAUAAUUGAAAAAAAGUCCUGUCUUUAAAUAAUCAUAUUGUUCUUUUGUUUGCUGUUUCUACCUUCUUAUUUCUUUUGUGCUGAUUUGUCUUAAUGCCUGUCUUAACAACUUUAAACUUAUUCUAUUAAUGCCAUCGACUCACUCUUUCACCCACACGCAAAAUCCAUGUAGCUAUGACGUCAAAAUGGACGACAAGCUGAGAAUUAAACUAUCUGCUGUAUUUUUUUUUUUAGAUUAUUUAAGGGUACCAGACGUUUUGCUCAAAGUUUCAUAUUUGAAAUGAUUUGCACGAUACAUGUCAAGCUGUUGAAUGCAUUACUGUUGACAUUGUCCUCAGUUUGGAAGCUGUUUUAAAUUUGUGUUAUUCAUCUUUUGUGUUGCUCUAGCUGUCCUGCUUAACGCAUGCUCUGAUUUUUUUCUUUCUGCCAUGUUACAUGUUGUUUAUUUGCCUACAGACAAACCACAUUUUUAUGAUGAGAAUAAAGUUAUCUCUUAAUUAAACUUAUAAGAUAUCAAAGAAUGGA